AUGCGUGCGGCGGCUCGUUCGGCGCGCGAUGUCUGCAGAGGCUCGUCGCCCUGGCCAACGGGAUUGUCGCCAAGCCCUCGGCCUGCGGUCCGCCCGAUCGUCUCGCCGCUCACGCCCACGGUCGGCCAGUCCUGCGAUGCUGACCGCGUCGGUGGGGCCGAGGCGGGCCUAGUGGGACGUAGCCGGCGCUUUGCCACGGCAGCGACCACGUCUCCCUUUGCUCUGCAUCGUCCAGAGAGCUCGUGGUCCAUGAUCUCCUCGCCUUACUCGACACGCCAUCCCGCCGGUCCACUUCCGGGCUCCAACAACGAGCUCGAUCCAAGAGGCGUCGACUACUCGCUCUUCGAAAAAGUCGAGGCGCCGUCGUACAAGACAGAACCACAAGCCCAAGUCACUGUCGCCGACAAGCAGAGGCGCGGCAGGCCCGUCGCUAGCAUCCGCCUCUCAACCCGCGAUCUCACCCCGGAAGCCGCCCUGCUGCGCCGCCUCAUCCGCCAGCGCGAGUUUCAAUCGGCCGCCCAGGUCCUCGGCGAGCUCCGCAUGCUCGAAACGCCCAUGGACCAGCACAUCCCCGAGUACCUCGCUGCAGCGAUCUGGUCGGUGCGCAACGCUCGCCGCAACGAGGCACUCCAGUGGAUGGCCAUAUCGCCUGCAUUGCGCGUCGCCACGAGCCGCCACAAGCCCCUCAAGCCUUAUUUCCGCAAGCAGAACGAGCAAAACUCCUUCAAGUUCCGCAAGCUCUUCGCGCUCCUCCUCGACACCGCCGGCGACGACCUCGAGAUGCUGCAAAAGGCAUCUCUGCUGGCAGCCAGGAAGGGAUACUGGGACGUGCUCUACAUGACCCUCGCUCAGAUCUUCCGGUACGGUCUUGGCGUCCCCUCGACGUCAGACCAAGGCUCCAAGUCGAGGCAGGCCUGGACGCUCUUCCAGGGCCUGGUGGAACGCGUUAGCAGGGACAGCGCAUCAAAGAUCUCGGUCGAGACCCUCCAGCAGCGCACUGCGCUGACGUCCCUCUACCGACAGAGCGUGCGGACGUUGGUCCUUUCCGGCAGGCUCGAAGACGCCGCCUUUUGGAUCGAAAGGCCGCUCGAGCCCGGCGGCCUCGACGAAGCACAGUGCGAGCUGCUCCGAAUCGAUCAGUUCACUUAUGCCUUGGCACUGACGCGGCUGCUCGAGGCAGGACCGCCGUUUGAUCAGCUGGCCAUGCGAAUCGAUGAGUUGGCGUCCAAAGGCCAAAGCCAAAAUCUGCCCAGCCUCGAGUGGCUGCGUGGUUUGGAUGCCCGGCCUCGUGCAGAGCCGAUCGACGAAACGCAAGGAGAGCAUGAGCGGGGCACCUUGAACCCCUCGCUCGAGACGCAGUUAUCGUUCCUCAUCAAUACCGGCGAACUGGUACAGGCAAGAGCAUAUCUGCUUGCCUGUCUCGAUGGUCUGCAAUCCCCCGGAGAGUCACCGGACGAGCAAGACGUCAAUGGCAUCAGACAGUGUCCCGUUCGGCUUCCGAGCGCAUCCGCCCUGGCCAACUUCCAGCAAGCCGUUGUGGACAUGGGAUCCGUCGUCAUCCUCCCCAGCCUGCUCGAGGAUGGAGGCGAUGAGAGUUCAAGGCUUGCCGAACCGACGGUGGUCGAAGCGUCCGAGUUCCUCCGGCCGGUCCAGGAGGCGAUUUCGGAAUGCCCGACGGGCACUGGUCUCUGGGAGACGGCGCAGCUGCUCGGCCUGGUGCGUCGAGGCAUGUGGGAAGCGGCGCUCAGCUUCUUUGCAGGGCCAUCCGGCUUCCGCCUCCCGGCCGGCGGCAUCACGGACGAGCUCAUCGCGCUGGCCACGGGAGGCAGCGCCGAGGCGGCGGCUCAGCGAUGGCGUUCGGAUGGGACAGCCUCGGCGUCGACCAAAAAUUCGCCGUGGCCCGGCACUCACGCCAUCAACCUGGCCAUCCGGGCACUCGUGGGCGCAUGCCUGCAGGCGCGCGAUUUCGGUCGCCUCGAAAAAGUCUAUGCAGCGUGGAAGGAGGGAAGUCUACCGCCGAGCACUGUUCCCGUAGCCCACGAGGCGGCGGCGGCGCCAACGUCAACGUCCACAGCCACCAGGGCUGAUAGCGGGCUCCCAGCCUCGAUCUCUGCACCGGGCGACGUCUCGGGCGACAGUUCGGCACGAGACCGGGACACAGCCCUUCUGCAAAACAUCGCGGCGCACGUCGGUCAGCUGCGCUUCCAACACUGGACGCCGGGCCACCGUCCAGACUCUUUCACCUUCGACCCGUUCCUGCGCGCCUUCGCGCUGCGGCACAUGACCGUCCAAGAACCAAGCCAUGGGCCGGCGCCUGCCUCUCAGGUUGGGCGAUCGAUUCCGCGACCGCCACGUCGAUCGCGCAUACCGUGGGGCAGCGGCGAACGGGCGCUGGCGGUGGUGAGGGACAUGACGACGCAGUUUGGCGUCCAGCCCUCGGUGGCGAGCUGGACGAUCGUGCUCGAGUCGAUGGCGCGCGAGGGCAUCGACAAGUGGCAGCAGCCGACCGAGAGACUGGCCAAUGCCAUGGGCAUCAGGACGCGCCGCGGCGAGGACGGUAAGCUCGGCGUCGCGGCUGACGGCGCGGUCCUCGCUGGCCUGCCCGCGGCGACGCUCGAGACGUACACGGCGCUGCUGCGCGCGAUGCUUCGCGUCCCACGGAAGAACCUGCGGCAGCCGCUGCUGCACCAGGCGACGCUGGUGCGCGACGACCUGCUGAGCCGCAUCGAGCUGCCGCAGGACAUCGAGGAGGCCAGGCGGAGCCUUUCGGAAGCCGUCCGCGACGAGAGCGGCGGACACGACGACGACGACGACGGGCAGGAGACGGGCGCCUUCGUAUCCAAGCUGCUCGAUGGCAUCGUCACGAAACGCGGCAAUGCCGUCGACGACGGGAGGAAAGGGUGGCCGCUGCGCCAGCUGCUCGACAACCGGAGGACGAUUGAGGUGCUGCGCGACGUGUACCUCGCCGAGGUGGAAGCCGAGCCGUCGGUGCUCCCAUGA